AAAUCAUAGCGGGCCACACUAGGUACAUAGACGAAGCUCACUGCUCACGACCAAGUGCGGAGGCGCCGCUUCAACAUGUCAUCGUUGCCCGGGGACGACGCGGGCCGCGUUCUUCCCAGUGAACAGGCUCCCACCACGGCAGUCGACGGCGACGUCAUCUUCUCCGCUGUCGCCGUCCUCUUCCUCGGCCUCGCCCUCGCCUUCGUUCUUUACCACUACCUCACCGUCAGUCGCCGCGGCGUUCGGGAUGGGACCGGGACGGAGAGGGGCAGUCCGAGCCUCCGCGUUGGCGCAGCUUCUGCUUCCGGCGUCGCACAAGGCGUUGAUCCGGUGGUGCUGCGGGCGCUGCCGGUGACGCUGUACCGUGCCAAGGAUUUCGCGGAUGCACUUGAGUGCGCCGUCUGCCUCGCCGAGCUGUCCGACGGCGAGGCGGCCAGGUUCUUGCCCAAGUGCGGGCACGGCUUCCACGCCGAGUGCGUCGACCUGUGGCUGCAUUCCCACCCCACCUGCCCGCUCUGCCGCGUCGACGUCGACAAGCCGGACGCCUUGCCGCUGACUCUACCUCCGGUGCGCCAUGAACCGGCGAAUUACACCACAAACCUGCCGACCAACGUGCUGUUCUGGGGAUCCCCGGACCCGGUCACGACUGGAAGAACACUCGGCGGCCCGAGUUCGUCUGGUGGAGCAGCGGCGGCGAUCGUUAUCGAGGUCCCGGAGGCCACGGAAUCGGAGUUGGCGCCGCGUGAUGGUGACGCCGGGAAGUCGCAGGGUUUGGCAAGGGUGAGGUCGAUUAAGAGGCUGUGGAGCAGAGGAAUUCGUGAGGUGGGUGCAAGUAGCAGUGCUAGUUCUUGCCACCCAGCCACUGGUCGUGCUCACACCGACGGCACUCUUGGUGUUGCUGCUCGCAAUUUCGACCCGUAGGGACCGAAGAUACGUUGGACUUUGAAGAAGGACCGUCUUCGACGUUCGUUGAAAGGGAGUGGCAUUUACCAACAUUUUGAUGAUAUUUUUAGUUGGUCGAAAGGUGGCUGUUUCUUCAGCCUAACAUGUCUGUUUCUUUAUAAAAAAAAAGACUCAAAUCUGUAAUCCUCCCGGAAAAUGUCAUGUUGCUCUGAAAAAAUCAUCAUCCCCGAUACAAAUAAAACUGUGGAAAAACGUUGGAAACGACAUGCUCUACCAGCAAAAGCCAGUCAUAUAAUA